CACCUUCUAUUCCGCACAUAUCCCUUUUCCCUCUUUUUCCCUGCCAGUUCUCUCCUCCCCCUUCUCCUGUCUCCAUGCCGAUCGCCACUCCAAUCUCCGGCGUUUCUUCUCUUCCUGCAAUAUCUCAUUCGGUUUGAAAAAAAAAAAAAUUGUCGACGAGAAAAUGCUGUGCUCGAGAUCGAGCUCCAACUGGCUGGAUCGCCUCCACACAUCCAAAGGCUUAUCCAUCCCCGCCGACCUCGAUCUCGACCAAUUCCUCUCCUCCAUCCCUAACCCUAACCCUAAUUCUAAUCCCAAAUCUUGCUCUCCUCGUCCUCCCGAGGCUCGGCCAUCCGAUGCGCCCCUCUCGCAGCCCACGGGCGAUAAACCCGCCGCCUCUCGCCGGCGGUGGAAGCAGCAGCCCCCGCCACCGGAGGAAGUCGCCGCGGGGAACAAGAUCUUUGUUGGAGAGAAAGAGCAGCUAUUCGAUCUGAUGAGCUCCGCCCUGGCGGAGCUCUUCAUCAUGAGGGACCACUCAGCCACCGGCAUCCUAGGGCCCAGCAAAAAGAGCGCCCGGAAGCAGCCCAACCCUAAGGCCUGCGUCCCCUCCGCCUCGGCGAGCAUCGACGGCAGCUUCUUGGCUGGAGCAGCGGCCGCUUGCCACGUUCCGCCAGCCACAUCCCCGUCCAGCGCUGACAACAGCGUGGCGGAGGCCAAGAAGAGCCGGACGAAGGCGAGGAGGAAGCGGGGGACGACGGGGAGCCCUGUGGAGUCGGAUUUGUCGACGUACUCGAAGACUGAGGUGACGGUGAUCGACACGAGCUCCCCGGGUUGGAAGUCGGAGAAGCUAAUCUUUAGGAAGGGGAUGGUGUGGAAAGUCCGCGACAAGAAGCUAUGGAAUGUGUGCCGGAAGAAAAGGAAGGUGGGUCUGGUGGAGAGAUUGAUCGGCGAAAAGGAGAAGGAGCAGCCGUUGAUUGACAUGAAAGAGCCCUCACCGAAAGAGCAUUCAGGAUCAGUGGAUGAAGGUGGAGCUCAUGCUGAAAAUAGAGAUGCUUCCAGAGAAAUGGAUGAUCAAAUUCAAAUCCCUAAAAGAAGACCAAGAUUUUCAAGAUCACCGCGUGUUCGAGCAGCCAAAGAUUCUUCUGCUUUCCAUCUUAUUACAAGCAGGAAAAAUGACCCAGCAUUUCCCAGACGUACUCCAAAAGGAGGAUGACACUGUGGAAGUAUUUUUGGAAGAUCACCAUGGGGAGGAUUUUGGAGACCAAUUUCUUUGUUUUCUGCAUCUUGAAGAAAUGCAGACUGCUCUCAGCAGGAUAAGAUCUGUGGUUGCAUUAGGUGGACUUAAAGCAGUAGGGUUUUGAGUAAAUUCAUUCAAAAAAAAAAAAUGACGGGAGCCUCAAAGCUGAGACAUAUGCCUCUUCUGGAUCAAAUUCAUCUAUUUAAGACCCAUUUUCUUUAUCAAGUUAUUUUCAGUUUUCACUUAACCUGACUUGAUCAUUGUUGUGCUUCAUGCCUAUUUGUUGUUUAUCCUUUUUCUCCUGUUCCAAAUUAAGGGGUUGCAUUGAUUUU